AUGGUCGAUACCGAAGAAUUAGCAAAAGGCUAUACAGCCCUCAACGGCACCCAAUACGACGCCGGUAAAUUCCUCCUCGAACGACUCAACAUCACCACCGGCAACCACGUCCUCGACGUCGGCUGUGGCCCCGGCGACAUCACCGCCCACAUUUCCAACAUCGUCGGCCCCAGCGGCAGCGUAGUAGGUAUCGACCCAAGUAAAGAGCGUAUUGCCCUUGCCAACGAGAUCGCCACGUCAAAUCUCUCGUUCCACGUCGGCCGCGCCGAGGACCUCUCACGUUUCGAGUCAGACAGCAUCGAUGUGGUGUUUGUGAACUCUACGUUCCACUGGGUGGAGGACCAGGCGACGGCAAUGAAAGAGUUCGCGCGUGUGCUGAAGUCUGGGGGACGUGUUGGGAUUUCCGGGGGGUCGGGGGAUUUCGAGGCAGCGCAUGAGAAGAUCAAGGCGGAUGUGCUCUCGCGGGAGCCGUACUCCAAGUAUCCCCUGACGAGCGGGCCGAAGUUCCUGAAGAGGAGCGAGAUUGAGAGUCUGCUUAAUGAGGCGGGGUUGGAGAAGCGGGAGAUAGUGGUGAACACUAUUGUCAAGGAGGCGAAGGAUGGGGCGGCUAUGGUUGAGUGGCUGGAUACGAGUUCGUCGGGGAAGACGUAUGGGGGGAUUCCGCUGGACUUGAGGCCGCAGGCCAGGGAGGAGAUGAUGCUGGAAUGGGCGAAGAUUACUACAGAGGAGGGGAUUAAGAUGGAUAUGGAGUUGUUGGUCACGGUGGCCACGAAGAGUUGA